AUAACCGUUAAUUCGUAGCUUCCCUUUGAGAUCAUAGCUUUGGCUUUGAAAAUUCCACUCAUCUAUCUCUUCGCGCCUCAUUUGUUGACAAAUCAAGUUUUUGUAGCGACGAAACACCGACUGAGGGGCGUGUUUUUGUUAGUGGGGGUUGGGGGGUGUUUUCGCGUCGGGUCGAGUGUAGUGGUUGUUCAGUUUUCCCCACUGUGGCUUGAACGCACCAUUGGUAGCCCUACAUUGUUAACGUUGAUUCUUCCAAGGCGGCGUUUUGUCCUCCGGUAGAAGACAACCGGCGACUCCUGCUCGCACUCAACCCACCCAAACAUCGCUUCGACUCGGCCGUGGGACACUCCAGCUCACCGGGCCGAGCAUGAAGGGGGACACUGCGGGCUGUGACCGUGCCCAGAAGGGAGGCUGCUGGUAGGCAUGGCGCCCCUGUGACAAGCCCUCCCCUCCAGGAAGAGCAGCAACAUGACUGUUUUCAAGCAGGAGAAUGUCGAGGAGUGUUAUGAAAUCGGAGACGAGCUGGGCAGCGGCCAGUUUGCGGUGGUCAGACGCUGCCGUCACAGGAGCACGGGCGUGGAGUACGCCGCCAAAUUCAUCAAGAAGCGCCGCAGCAAGUCCAGCCGCCGAGGGGUGACCAGGGAGGACAUCGAGCGCGAGGUGGACAUCCUGAAGGAGAUCCAGCACCCCAACAUCAUCACGCUCCACGAGGUCUUCGAGAACAAGGCCGAGGUCAUCCUCAUCCUGGAGCUCGUGGCCGGAGGCGAACUCUUUGACUUCCUGGCAGAGAAGGAGUCGCUGAGCGAGGAGGAAGCCACUCAGUUCCUGAAGCAGAUCCUCGAUGGAGUCUUCUACCUGCAUUCCAAACAGAUCGCUCACUUUGACCUUAAGCCGGAGAACAUCAUGCUGCUCAGCCGCUCAGUGCCUCACCCGCGCAUCAAGCUCAUUGACUUCGGCCUGGCCCACAAGAUCGAUUUUGGCAAUGAUUUCAAGAACAUUUUUGGAACUCCGGAAUUUGUAGCUCCUGAGGUGGUGAACUAUGAACCUCUGGGCUUGGAGGCAGACAUGUGGAGCGUUGGGGUGAUAACCUACAUUCUGCUGAGCGGCGCAUCGCCCUUCCUGGGCGACAACAAACAGGAGACGCUCGCCAACGUGUCGGCCGUGGACUACACCUUUGACGAGGAGUUCUUCAGCAGCACCAGCCUUCUGGCCAAAGACUUCAUCUCCAAGCUUCUUGUGAAAGACCCCAAAAAGAGGAUGACCAUUCAGGACAGCCUUCAGCACCCCUGGAUCAAGCCAAAAGACACACAACAAGCGCUGAGCAGAAAGGAGUCGGCUGUCAACAUGGAAAAGUUCAAGAAGUUUGCCGCUCGCCGAAAAUGGAAGCAAUCUGUACGACUGAUCUCCUUAUGCAACCGCCUGUCCCGCUCAUUCCUGUCCAGAAGCAACAUCAGUGUGGCGCGCAGCGACGACACCUUGGAUGAGGAAGACUCCUUUGUGAUGAAGGCCAUCAUCCACGCCAUAAACGACGACAACGUUCCCGGUCUGCAGCAUCUGCUGGGAUCGCUGAACAGUUACGACGUCAAUCAGCCUAACAAGCAUGGGACCCCCCCUCUGCUGAUUGCAGCAGGCUGCGGCAACAUCCAGAUCAUCGAGUUGCUGAUGAGAAAAGGUGCAGAGAUCCAGGCCAAUGACAAGAGCGGGGCCAACGCGAUCUACUACGCAGCGAGACACGGCCACGUCGACACCCUGAAAUUCCUCCACGGCAGGAAGUGUCCUCUGGAUGUUCAAGAUAAGUCCGGAGAGACCGCCCUGCACGUGGCGGCUCGCUACGGCAACGUGGAUGUGGUGAGCUACCUCUGCAGCAUCCGGGCAAACCCGGACCUGAACGACCGGGAGAAGGAGACUCCUCUGCAUUGCGCCGCCUGGCAUGGGUACUCGGCAGUGGCCCGCGUGCUCUGCCAGGCCGGCUGCCACGUCGACGCCAAGAACCGCGAGGGCGAGAGCGCCAUGCUGACGGCUUCCGCUCGGGGCUUCGUGGACAUCGUGGAGUGUCUGGUGGAGCACGGCGCCGACCUGGAGACCACCGACAAGGAUGGCCACACCGCCCUCCACCUGGCCGUGCGAAGGUGUCAGGUGGAGGUCGUCCACUGCCUCCUCAGACACCGCUGCCAACUGGACCGGCAAGAUCGCCACGGCAACGCGCCGCUGCACAUCGCCUGCAAGGACGGCAACCUGGCCGUCGUCACGGCCAUCUGCGGUGCCAGAGCCGUCCUGGAUCUCCCCAACAAGUAUGGCAGGACUCCCCUCCACGUCGCCGCCAGCAACGGCGGUCUGGAAGUGGUCCGUCACCUCUGCCUGUGUGGAGCAAACACAGACGCCAUCACCAACGAUGGAAAGACUGCGGAGGACUUGGCGUCGGCUGAGCAGCACGAUGCUAUCGUUGCCUUGCUGGGGAAGCUUAAAAAGGACAACCACAAGCUGGGAUACGUCCAGCAGCUGCGUCCCACGCAGACGGUCCAGCCGCGGAUCAAGCUCAAGCUGUUUGGGCACUCGGCGGUGGGCAAGAGCACGCUGCUGGAGUCUCUCAAGUGCGGCAUCCUCCGCAGCUUCUUCAGGAGGCGCAGGACCACCCGCAUGACCUCCGCCACGCGACACCCCAACUCUCCCGUCCACGCCAAACCCGCCGUGUCGGUGAGCAUCUCCAACCUGUACCCGGGCUGCGAGAAUGUGAGCGUGCGCAGUCGCAGCAUGAUGUUCGAGCCCAGCUUGACCAAAGGCGUGCUGGAGGUCUUCUCGCCCGUGCACAGCGCCCUGUCCGCCGCGGAUGACCAGGCCACCAGGGCCGUGGACAUCCAGCACGCCAACAUCCACGGCGUGGGAGAUUUCAGCGUGUGGGAGUUUUCGGGGAACCCGGUCUACUACUGCUCCUAUGACUACUUUGCUGCCAACGACGCCACGGCCGUCCACCUGGUCCUGUUCAGCCUGGAGGAGCCGUACGAGACCCAGCUGAGCCACAUCACCUACUGGCUCAACCUGCUCAAGGCCCUCACGCUGCCCCACGAAGACAUCGUUUAUGGAGGCCGGAUCCGGCGGCCGCUGGCGGUGGUCCUGGUGGCGACCCACGCCGACCUGGCGGACGUUCCCAGAUGUUUCUCUGGAGAGUUCAGCUACAACAAAGAGAGAGGGCUCCUCAAGGAAGUCCGCAACAGGUUUGGAAACGACCUGCAAAUCAGCGACAAGUUGUUUGUGAUGGACGCCGGCGCCUCAAACUCCAAAGAUAUGAAGCUGUUUCGGAAUCAUCUCCAGGAACUCCGCUCCCAGAUCAUCUCUCGCUGUGAUUCCAUGACGUUGCUGUCUGAGCGCCUGCUGGCCGUCCUUCCCGCCUGGAGGAAGCAGAGCGGACCCAACCAGCUGAUGUCAUGGCAGCAGUUUGUCAGUGACGUCCAGGAUCAGAUCAACCCGCUGGUCAGCCAGGAGCAUCUGCGGAGCCUGGCCCUGCAGCUUCACAGCAUCGGAGAGAUCAACAUCAUGCAGAGCGAGACGGUGCAGGACGUGGUCCUGCUGGAACCCCGCUGGCUCUGCAGUAACAUCCUGGGCCGCCUGCUGUCCGUGGAGACGCCCAAGGCCAUCCACCACUACCGGGGGCGCUACAGGCUGGAGGAGGUGCAGGCGCUGGCGCCCGAGAGCGACCUGGAGGAGCUGCUGCAGAUCCUGGACGCCAUGGAUGUCUGCGCCCGCGACACCACCAACCCCGCCAUGGUGGACGUCCCCGCCCUCAUCAAGACCAACGGCCUCCAGCGCUCGUGGACCGAAGAGGAAGAUGAGGACGCCAUGAUCUACGGGGGAGUCCGGCUGGUCCCCGCCGAGCACCUCACCGCCUUCCCCUGCGGCCUGUUCCACAAGCUGCAGGUGAACCUGUGCCGCUGGAGCCACCAGCAGAAGCCCAACGAGGGCGACGACGGGGAGGACGGGGAAGGGGACAUCUUCCUGUGGACCAACGGGGCCAAGGUGAGUCAGGGAGGCGUGGAGGCGGUGAUCCUGCUGGUCAACCACGGCCAGGGGGUGGAGAUCCAAGUGCGCGGGCACGACACGCAGCGGGCCAAGUGCUACACCCUGUUGGACACCGUCUGUAGCAUCACGGAGAACCUGCUGGCCUCCACGCUCCCUGGACUGCUCACCGCCAAGUACUACCUGAGCCCCCAGCAGCUGCGCGAGCACCACGCCCCCAUCAUGGUGUACCAACCCAAAGACUUCCUGCGGGCACAAGUCCAGCGGGAAACCUCGCUCACCAACACCAUGGGCGGCUACCGUGAGAGCUUUAGCAGCAUCCUCGCCUUCGGCUGCGCCGAGGUCUACCAGCGGGGCGUCCUGGGACCCAACGUCCACAUCUCCGACGUGUCCUUGCUGGUCCGCAGGAAGCUGUGCCGCAUGCUGGACCCCCCUGACACCCUGGGGAAGGACUGGUGCCUGCUGGCCAUGAACCUCGGCCUCACCGACCUGGUGGCCAAGCACAGCAACGGGACGCCCAACGGCACCCCUGAGGGGCUGCCGGACCCCCAGCGCGCCAGCCCGCAGCCCAGCCCCACGGCAGCGCUGCUGCGGGAGUGGAGCGGGCGGCCGGGCAGCACGGUGGGCGUCCUCAUGCUCAAGUUGAGGGAGCUGGGACGCCGGGACGCCGCCGACUUCCUCCUCAAGGCGUCGCCCGUGUUCAGGGUCAACAUGGAGGGGCUGGGCGGGGGCGCCGCCAACGGGUACCCGCCCGCUUGCAACGGGGGCACGUCGUACAACUCCAUCAGCUCCGUCAUUUCCCGCUGACGCCGUUUCCUGCACUUGGUGUCUUUGAAUGUUGUCCCUUCUGGUUUUGUUUUGUGCUGCUCUUUAAACGUCUCACACUUUUACUGUACACCUUCUAAACCCCGCCCCCACCGCCCCCCAAAGCCCCCUAUGACAUCAUCUCGGCCUUUAAUCACACGAGAGCAUUUAAUCCGAGUGCCUUCGAGGCUCUGCUACCUCCCCCAAGCACAAACGCUCCCCAUGAAAGCCAGAGCGCUGCCUUCGAUUUUUCUAACCCAAAACGUGCAAAAGAACUCGUGUUGGUCGUCAGGGUUUGCGUUGAUUGGUGCAAUCAUAGGCCCCCCCCCCUUUUUGGAUACUAACUAAGACUGAAAGUACGCCCGGCUCUCACUUGUCAGUCUUUCUCAGCUCGCUACUUGGAUUCUCUCCUCUCAGGAAACACGCGUCCAGCUAACGUGACGUGCUAGCAUGCUAGCAACGUCGACCGUAAACGCUCUCAUGAUUUACCCAAAGCGCAAAGAUGGCGGGGCCUUCACUGGAGAGCCGAAAACUCAUUAUGUAAAACCACUUUUCUUUUUAACGCUAAAAAGGCUCUGGAGUGCAUGAGAAAGCGGGAAAGGUGGCGCUCUAUCAGGGGGUUCCCUACAGCCACGGCAGAUCCCCGCCGCUUCUUUGCGUUUGUAGUGCGGAAAAGAGGGGGUUCAGUUGGGGCAUUGAUGGUAUUUAGCGACAUAAACCCAACUCUCAAAAAGUCACAUGAUCACGUGAACGUUGCUAAAAGGCUUUCCAAGCUUUUCCUCCGCUGCUAAAAGACGAAUAAAAGCUAAACAUGCUGUACAUAGCGUCCUCUUCACGCCAAACGUGUUUCCUGUGUGGAGGUGCACUACUUCCUGUCCUCCUUUUCCACGUCCACACUUUAGACUUUCUUUGGAACGUCGCUUUUAGCUCACUUUUAACGCCAACGAGGCGCAUUGAAUGUACCACGAAAACACACCAUUCUUUCACCGAGGCUCAUUUUGCUGCAUGUGCGCGCGUGUGUGUGCGUGUGUGUGUGCGUGUGUGUGUGUGUGUGUUGCCAAAUGGCUUUAAACACGCACACGCUCCGUGAUGAUCCUUGCCUUGUGAAGCUAAAGGGAACCUUAUCAGAUGAUUUUAUUGUGUAUUUUCGAGGCUGAGGACCACCAAGAGAUGAUGGAUGGACCCAAACUAAGUGGAUUUCAACACCUUUUUACCUUUUUUUUGUACGAAAACGUGUGUCUUAUUUAUGUUCCUUUCCUCCAGCAUGUUCUUAGAACUUUAUAGUGGAAUACAUUUUAUAAUAAAGACUUUAGCCGAC